AUGUCUAUCCGAUCACUUUUGGCCAUCGUGUGGGCUGUCACACCUGUCAUCGCCGAGACAAUCCAUGGCGUUCUCGUCUUCACAAGACACGGCGACCGUACAGCAAAGUACCACUCCGGUUACCAGAUGACGAAUCUUGGUGCUUCUCAACUAUAUGACUCAGGCCGAUUCUACAGACAACGUUACGUCGAAAAUGGUGCUGCCAACAGGAUCGCGGGAAUUGCGUCGAAUCAAGUCAACAACCAACAAGUAUGGGCCAGAGCUCCUGACCAAGCAGUCCUCUACCAGAGUGCGACGAACUUCCUGCAGGGUCUGUAUCCUCCGCUCAACGAGCUCGAGUCACAAUCAGCCACGAAGGCGCUCACCAUCACCUCCAACACAACAGGUCCACUCAACGGGUAUCAAUUCAUUCUUAUCCAUGGAGAGGGUGAAACUGACCCGGACACCAUCUGGAUAAAGGGCGACGAUGCUUGCCCAGCCUACUCUCGAGCUUCAGAAUCUUACACUGCAAGCAUAGAGUACAAGGCAACACUCGACAAGACGUCAGAUUUCUACUCACAGUUGGCGAAUCUACUUGCCCCCGUCAUGGGUGAGGAAAAUGUUACAUACAAGAAUGCCUACGACGUCUUUGAUCUUCUCAAUGUCGCGACGAUUCACAAUGGGUCGAUUGUCUCUCAGAUUACUGCAGACGACCUGGAUCAAUUACGAUACUUCGCCAACGAAUACGAGUGGAACCACAACUUCAACGCGUCACAGCCAGGUCGAUCUAUCGGCGGCAUGAGUCUGGCAGGUGCCAUCCUUCAGCGCCUUCAAGCCACAAUCGAUACCAGUGCGGUCAGGAACAAAUUCCAGCUGAUGGCUGGUUCUUACGAUACAUUCCUUGCAUUCUUUGGUCUGACUAAUCUCACAGCGGCGGGCGAGAAUUUCUAUGGGUUGCCGGAAUAUGCCGCCAGCAUGGCAUUUGAACUUUUUACUGAAGCCGGCGACCUUGAGCGUCCUGCCAGCUUUCCUACUGAGGAUGCGGUGGGACAUGACCUGAAGGUGAGGUUCUUGUUUAGAAAUGGAACCGAUGGCUCGGAUGAGUUGGCCGUAUACCCACUUUUUGGCGGAAGCGAGCUGGCAAUACCAUAUGGUCAAUUCGCGGACAUACUUGGAAGCCGGGCUAUCAACUCUGUCAGACAGUGGUGUGUGGCCUGUGGAUCCACACAGGACUUUUGUGUAGCAGCGAACGCAACUUCCUCUGCCGCUAUAGGUCCGAGUUCGAAAACUACAGCAUUUUCUUCUCGAUCAGCGUUGUCGAACGCAGCAGCUGGCGGGAUUGGAGCAGGCAUUACUCUGGCAGUGGUAGCAAUUAUUGGUGGGGUACUGUUGACUGUCUUACGAAAGAGGAAGCAGUCUCAUGCAAUGACUGUCGCUUAUGCAGCUGAGAAGAGGUCGAGUGGUAGUGAUAGCGACAGCGUCUGA